AUGUUUUCCUUCCCUCCGAUAAAUAAUAUAAAAGACUUGAAACAAAAAAUCUCUCACUUAAGUCUAAGGUCACCACUUGCUCUUGUCACAACAGACUGGCAUCUUCAACAACCAAUGAGGGAGGAGACAGAUAAAAAGAAUUACAUCGAAGAGCGUGAUGUCACAGUUGAGACACAGGACAAAGAGUUUGGUCUCACAUUUUUCGAUGGGAGCUCACCGCCGCGAAUAAAGGAGAUUGACAUCCUUUCCUGUUUUGUGGGGAUUCUGCUUGUUGGAGACGAGAUUUUGCAGAUUAACAAACGGGUGGGUUUCUAUAAAAAUUUAAAAAGAUUGCAAUGUCAAAAUUAG